UGUACAAGGUGUUAAGAAAUUCUACGUAUGUCACGACUACUAUCAUAGGAUUCUACAAAUUAAAUAUUAAUAUAAAUUGGUUGAAUCGCAUUAUUGAAACAUUAGCAACAUUGUAAGUUAUCACAUUAAUUAGACGACAUGUUUGCGACUUUUUGGCUUUCAAUAUCUUCAUUGGUACAUUGUGCUUUAUUUUGAAGUAUCGUGAAUAUUACAGUUCACUUUAUCAAGGAAUUAUUAUUACCUUCUUCCACGUUUUUGGCUACCUAUGCACGUUUAUCGAACUUCAUCUGUCACAUCUCCCUCUUGAAGAUCGGUUUUUCUGUCGUCCUUUGCAACAUCGAAUAUAAUAUUACACUUUCCAGUAUUAGUUUUCUAUACCAAACUUUUGCAUUAUCUUCAAGUUAUAAGAAACUUAAUUUAAUAUGCAGUUGCAUGUCGCGCAUUUGCUUCUGCACUUUUCCGUGGAAACCAGUAGUUGUAACAAAGUUGGAAUUAUAUUUUGAGCAACAUCCCCUUCUUCUGUCCCCUAGUUCUGUUUCCAGCAAGCCUGCAAUCGUUGUGAUAUUAUUUGCAAUAUUUAUGCGGACCCUGGGAAUCGGAAAGAAAGGUUGUCACUCGUGGAUAAUUUGCGUACGUUUCUGCAUGAUUUUCGCGGAACGUUCAGUUUAUCGUGAGACUGCAUGUAAGUAAGGCUCUUGGAAUCUCUGUCCCGUUGUAAUUUUAUUAACGGUGAUAGUGAUGCAUGCGUGUGGAAACUACGUGUAAAGUCUUCGUAUAUAAAAAGGAAGCCCUAAAGUAAUUUAAGCAAGAGGAUAUAAUUAAUUUUAUGUGAAAUGAUAUUAAACACGAUUAGCCCGUCUGUUAAAUUUGGCCUUCAUUUUUGUGGCGUCUGGCCUGGAACACCAUUUCACUUCCUACAUAAGUUAUGUUGGGUGAUAGCGAUAAUUACGCUUCAGACUUAUCAAUACAAAUAUAUCGUUAUACAUUAUAACACCGACACUCUUAUGAACUUAGCGGAAAAUUUGAGCAUCGCCGUGCCUUUCAGUCUAGUGUUUAUCAAAUUAUUUGUUACUUGGACGAAUUAUGGCUUGUUUUGCGAUAUUUUAUCAACUAUGGAAGAGGACUGUCAGAAAUAUGCUAAUAUGGAUAUAAAUAAUCUGAUAACAAAAACCAGCUUGUUCUCCUUUUAUGUAACUAGCAUAAUCAUGUUCUCGUAUCUGGCGUCUACGGUUAGUUAUCAUGCCGGCGCUAUUGCGUUUCAAGGAACCAACGAUUCAAUGUCUCGAGAGCUUCUUUUGAAAAUGGAUUUACCUUUCGAGACGAGUGAAUCCCCGAAUUACGAACUUGUGGUUACUACACAAUUUAUUAUUCAUUUCUCAGCGGCUCUUGCGUUCGGAACGUUUACUGCCUUGCUUUUCAUGAUGAUACUGCAUUUAGGGUGUCAGAUCGACAUAAUGUGCCAGAAUUUAACAGAUGCUAUUUCUAAAACUGAGAACAAGUUAAAAUUUUUCAUUAGUAGAUAUCAAGAAAUCAUUAGUUUUGCAGAGAAAAUUGAGAAACUUUUUACUUAUAUAGCUCUUAGCCAACUUGUAUCAAAUACAGUCAAUACUUGCUGCGAAGGAUUCCUCAUUGUACUUGCUGUAAACGAUGAGAGUGGACUUGCUAUAUUGAUCAAAUCUAUUGUAUUUUAUAUAGUUAUUUGCUUAGAAGUUUUCAUAUAUUGUUUCGCUGGGGAAUAUCUUCGCAUUAAGAGCCAAUUAAUCGGCGACACAGCGUACAAUAUGCUUUGGUACGAUUUACGUCCAAACAAGAGUCGACUUCUGAUACCUGUUAUAUUAAGGUCUCAAAGAGGUUUCACAUUGACUUUCGGAAAAUUUUCAAACCUUUCCCUGGAAAGCUUCACAGGCAUUAUGAAGGUUUCAGCGUCAUAUAUGUCGGUACUUCUGGCAUUAUACUGAAAAAUGUAAAUGGUGACUUCGAUGUGGAAUUAUCGUAUCAAGUGUGCAAUCUAUUUAACUCGAGCUAUCGUUACCUAGAUUAUUAUACAAAAAAUUACAAAAAGAUAAAGAAUAUGAUUGUUGUGUUAAUAAUGAGAAAUAAAUAGUAUAUAUAGAAUAAAUAUUAAUGAAAAUUGAAUUACAAAGGGCAAAUUAUAUUUAUCUCCUCGCGUCAAUAAUUUUAUUAUUUUCAAUUGUUAUUUAUAUUAUAAUAUGCCUAAAAUAUGUAUCAUUAAUCUCGUUUUCAUAUUUAUCUCAUUACGCCACGAUGCAAUUUUUCAUUUAUUAUAGUUUGUUAACGCCGAUUGUUCAGUUUCAAGAACUGAACCACUUGUUAUAUCAUUUCUCAUAUUAUAUACUUACAGUUACAUAUUACUGUUCCGGCUGAUCAAAUUUUGUGACUCUUUGCCAAAAAAUCUGAACAUUAAGAUCAUAUUAUGCAUUAGAACCUUUCGACGAGAGAUAUUUGCAACAACGACAUCGUUUUCCCACAGUGGCGAUGAACUUUUUAUUAACAAUUCCCUGCACAGGAUUUACGAACCAUCACAAUACUAGAAACAUGAAUAGUCUUAUGCAAAAAACUAUCAUAAAACAUAUAUACUGCGAUCCUAAAAAGAUUUUCCAACAGAAACACAACAUCAUUUAACACGGUAUAUAAAAUACACGUAUUUAUUAAUUUCGUUGAAUGCGUAACUUUUCCUCUAUAUUUUCCUUUAUUUUUUCAAGUGUAUGAAGCGUAUAUCACACAAGUAUAAGUGUAUUUAUAUGUAUAUCGAACGUAUCUUACCUCUGUUGAAAAACUAAUUUAUCUUCUUCUUAUAAUACAAUAGAGUUGUAUAAAAUUGUUUGAUAUGCCUGUCCACCACUAUUGAAACGAGUAUAUUUUUAUUCAUAUUUUCUAUCUUUUUUUUUCUCAUUUCAAUAUGAAUAUUAUAUGGAUAUUGUUCUUUCUUUAUCGGAUCUCUUCUUUCAUAAAUCUUCUCUUCCUUCGUAUUCUUCGGACAAUCGUGAAAUGAACUUUCCCGCUACGAACUUUCGAUGUCCUGUGGUUUAGCAGAAAAUGUUGGAUGUUGAAAGAAAAUUGGGUAAACUUUUCCUCUUCCUUUAAUCAUAUAUUUAUGACCUGUACUCCUGCGAGUCGCAACAUCGGUUAUACUUAUCUGUAUUCUUCGUUUCCCAUGAAUACUUUAUAGACAUAUAGCCAAUACGCAAGAAGUAACGUUAGAGACGUCUAGCAAAUUUUGUCAACAUACAGUGUUCAGUCGUCUAUGCGUAAACAGUUUAGCGCAAAUACUUUCCAUUGUAUCAUACAGAAGUAAGAAAGACCGAAUAAUUAAUCAUUUCUAAAGCCAAACUUAUCGGUCGGUUGGCUUAA